ACUAGUCUUGUUCCAUUCCACAAUCGGAAGCGGUCGUGAGCGUGAUGCUCAUACCGGACGGCAGUCUCAGUGAAAGUUGAUUAUCAAAAAGUAUAUAGACUUUGCGUUAAAUUGUCUGACAUUAUUCUUUGUUCGCAUAUCGCCAGAUGAAGUCCUUUUUGUGGUUUGCGUCGGUAGUGCUGGUGCUGGCAGCGAUGACUGGGUUCGUCUUUUUGACGGAUGCAGAUCUCUUUGAUCUUUUCAACGGCUCCAGUCAUCACCAGCGGAGUAGGUGGAAGAGAAGUCGACUCUAUCCUCAAUACGUUCUCCCUCCCGAUCAAGAUAGGCAGCGGUUUUACCAAGAAGAAGAAGAAGAUCGACACAAUCAUGGGACAAAUGAUCAACAUCAUCACCCACAGAUUAGCGACGAUGACAAUUCUCUCCAGUCCCGCAUUCCAACAACCGACAAAUUCGAGGAAUUCUGGUCGAACGAAAACUAUGCGCAACUGAUGCCUCGGCCAACUCCUUUCCCGCCCAAUCAUUUCAUCAACCAGCCAUAUUUCGAAUCGAAACUGCCGCCAAAAACAGCAGCGAUUUCGAUGGCGAUUUACAACAAGAAGAAAUUCAACACCGAGAGGCCAAUCACAUCAGGAUCCAAUCACAAAGUGUUGAGAGAGGCGCAGUACCACAGCGAGCCCAUUACAACAACGACUAUGCGGACUCAAUUCGCUAAUAAUCUGAGCCCAGCAAUGACUGUAACUGCAGUUGCAGCCAUUAACACGGAGAAUUUCAACAACAUGGACGUGGCCCUCAAGGUAUCCGAGAGUAAAAGUAAGCCGAGCUUUACCAAAAUGUUUCAAAAGGCCAUCGGCCAGCGUCGCGGAGAGAAAAAGUCCAUCAAAGAAAAAUUCAACAAGAAGAAACUCAAACAAGAACUCCCGCGUGACUACCGGCACGGCGGUGGCGGAGGUUACGGUGGUGGCAGCACCACUUACCACCACCACCAACAGCCUCCGGUGUACUACAUCCCCAAUCACCACAAGGAGAAGGAUUUCAGCGGAUUGCUCAAACUCUUCCUGCUGGCCAUUUUGAUUCCACUGGGCAUUUGCAUCGCCCUGGCGGUGGCCGCCGCCUUCGCCACGGGAUUAUCGGCCUACAGCAGGUACUUGGUGACGUACGUCAACACGACCAAUUCGACGUAUUACUUCAUCAACGGCUUCGGCGGGUUCGCCAACCUGUUUGGACUCAGCGGGCUGAGCGGGUUGAGCGGAUUGAUCGGGUCCACAUCCGCCAGCACCGCAGCUGUGGCAGCCGUUCAACAACAGCAGCAACAGCAAACGAGUAGCAACAACAAUAACAACAACAAUGCCAACGCCAAUAAUAACAACAACGCCGUCGCGGUGAUUGUAGUCAAUGUAACCGGAAGGGCCAACAAAGACAACGACUUUUUCCGCAAACCGUUCAAAUUCAAAUCGACUCCGCUCGACCAGGAAGAAGAAGAACAAGAAGACCGCGUCAUUGAGAACUAUUAAAAAAUCUCUUAAACAAUUUGUCUGUUACCUCUUUGAUUAUUACGUAAACAAGGGGACACACCUUAUGGGGAGGGGGGCGUUGGGGCCUUUAAAUGAAAAAUCAAUUUGUUUGCUUGUAACUCGAUGCUUUUAAAUAAAAAACAAACGAUGUGAAAAUGUAUCCAAAACGUAAUUUCUUCGGCGCCCGGUAUUAAUAAUGUUGGGAACCUUUUGUUGUGUAAUACAAUGACGCUAUUUGUCCGUUA